AUGGAUGAAAAAGCAAAUAAGACUGAUGAAACUACUUCAGAAAUUUCUUCAACUAUUUCUAAUGAAAGUAGUUUAAGUAAACAAGCUCGACUAGGCCUAGAUAAAGAAUUAUUAUUAGAUAAUUAUUUUGCAAAACCUCUUUCAGAUAAGCAAAAUAAAAAAUUAGAACAGCUAUUUUUAAAAACAACUGUUUCAUAUAUGCAAACAGAUCAGCUUGGUGUUACUUUAACUUAUGAUAGUUGGAAGAAUAUUAAAAAGAAAAGUUUAUUAGGAAUAGCAUUAAUUAAUUCAAAAGGCAAAAUAUUAAUUUGGAAAAAUAAGAUUAGAGUUAAUUGUCUCAUAACAGAUUCAGCUUCUGAAUUUAUGGCAGCUCAAUUACGUCUUCGAACUUCUUAUUCUGAUAAGGUUUUUAUAUCUUGCUUUGCACAUCAGAUGAAUUUGGCUAUUGGUGAUAUAUUUCGAUAUUCAUCAACUUUCAAGACUAUUGCAAAGAAAGCAAUUAGUCUUAAUCUCACAAACAAAAUUGAUGAAGGUUUAGAUACUAGCUUAGUUGGCUUUCUUGAAGAUAUUCUUGUGAAUAUUCUUGAUAAUUCUUGGUGGUUUGAUUUACAAGAGCUUGAGGCACUUCUUCUUUCCUACUGUUUAGUAUUAAACAAAUUGCAAUGUGAUCAUUCUAGGCUUCAUGAAGUUUUACAUAGCUUCAGAUGGAUUGUUCAAGAACAACUACUAUUGCUCUUAAGCUUUUUACUUCAUUCUGAAUAUCAUGAUAAUAUAUUUAAUAAGCAAAUACCUAAUUUAACUUUUCUUCAUCUUGGAAUUCAUGAAUCUAAAAAAAAGUUUACUCAAAUACAAAUUGCAACUUCUGCAAUGCUUUCUAAUAAAAAUUCGAAUAGAAAUGAUGGGAUGAUUCAAGAAUCAGAAAAUGAGGAUACAGAAUUAGAAGAGACUCAGCAAUCAGAAAAAAAUAAUGAAAUUAAAGCUGUAAAUGAUUGGAAUUCUCUUGUAGAAGAAAAGGAAGAAAUGAUACUAGAAUCAAAUCAUUCAGAUAAUCCAGAUAAAAAAAAUGAAGAGUUGACAGAAUUUAGUUUUGAAAAUAAACAUCCUGCUAUUGUGUCCAAUGCUAAAUAG